AGUCUUCCCUAAACCCACUUGUUCAGAGGAAGCUCACUAAAUAGUGUAUUUUUCCAUUACACCAUUAGAAAUUUCAUUCAGUGAAUAACUGGUAUUUCCAACAAGAAAAAAAUAAAAAGCAUAAAAAAUGAAUCCACCGUGCCUCCGAUUAUUGAACAUUUAGCUGUGUCGAAUUCACCAAGUGAAAAAUAUGUGUAGUAUUACUGAGUUGUUUAAAAAAGAAAAAAAGUUGUGUUGAUAACAGUGGCAAUUAGUAGAUUAUCUCUCUGACGCCAGUCAUUCUAUCAUAAUAUUCAGAGCACAGUGAUUGGCUAUAUUUUUCUCUUAUAUUAUAAGUUUUAUUUAUAAGUUGUAGAUCUGGUACAUUUUUUCAAAAGGUGCAUUUGUUUUUAAAGACUGGAAAAGGAGUCAUGGAUCAAAUAAUAAAUAUCUAAUAAAGUUAAAAACUGUAUUUACUUUUGUCAAGGGUGAACUCAUGGAUGCCAUACACCUUCUCAAACAAAAUCAACAAAAAUGAAAUAGAUUCUUAGAAAACUCUAAAAUAAAUAUCUUCACAUUUGAGAAAAUCUUCCUUUUACAACAUUUUUCAACUUAAGAUACUUGAAUUGAUUUUAUAUUAUCCAUGUAUUUUAAAUAGAAAAAGUCUUACUUGGAGUCAAUUUUUUUUCAUGGAGCUCAGUGCAUUUAAUUCUGACAUUUAAAAAUAAGGUUGCCUAGUGAUCUUAAAAUAAAGUGUUUUUUUUUAAAUUUGGCUGCUGUAUUGCUGUUUCAAUGGACAGUAUUUUGUUAUUUAAACUCCAGGUAUUUUUUAUUUAACUGAACACUUACUCCUAAUUGACGGAUAAAUAUAAAAAAAAAUAAUUAUUCCCAAUGACACAAAUGCUCUGGGCACAGUUCAAGAUGGGAACUUGUUUCAUCUGAAAUAGUUCACCUUUGUUUUAACAAUGACUAGUGAUAAGAGGCACUUGUAGAUUGUGGUACUUAAUACUGUUUUAAAACUGUGUAUUUGUUCAGAGUGGUUCUAUGUAUCAGUGCAAAGGUCACUGUGACACAGCUCAUCUCCUUCAGCUGUCUCUUUUUCCGAUGUUCAUUCUUUGGUUAUUUGAUAGUCAAUAGUCAAUACAGAUGAAGUUUAAAAAAAAAGAAAAAAAAGAAAUCUGUUUCCCAUCUCAUUCAAUGUGGAUAGAUUUUGUUGUUGUUUCAAGGUUAUGAUGAUGACUUGACAGUGGAUCAUAUUUUGUGUGUUUUUUUGUUGUUGUGAGAAACAAUGAAAAAAAAAAGUUGUGUGGUAAAUUAUCAUAAGAAAAAUUCACUGGUCAAGACAAGAGACAAAAAUGAUCAAUCAUGUAAUAAUAGAUAAAAAAUAAAUCUCAACAAUCACCCUGCUCUGAUGUAGUCCUUAUUAGACAUGACUAUGGCAGAAAAAAGAAUCCACCUUCAUGAAUCACCUGAGCCUGUCCUACGCAGGCGAACAGCCAGUCCUAGUACUAUUAUGGCUGCCGUUGCACUAAAAAAUCCACCAAAGGACGGUGACAGAAAAUUCACCAUGCGGUGUUACUCCACCGACACCGCACUGGAUUACACGUUGGGCUACCGGGAAGAUUUGGACCCGGAAAAGGCUCAGUGCAGGAGGUCCACUAGCCUACAGCAGCACAAUACCAUCAGUGCUGGGAUUUAUAAGAAAAAGUCUGAGGUUAAUAGUGAGAGUGGUGGGAGGGCCCCUCCCAAGAUAGCUGCACCUGUUGUGCGUCAGAGGGCUAAGAGGAAUAAUGAUUAUGUUACUGUUGUUGCAGAUGGAGAGGACACCCAGUGCACUCCCACAUGGAACACCUACCGUGAGUAUAGCGCAUUAUCAUUUUAUUACAAUUUUCUAGUCUAGUCUAUAUCAUAGCACCUUUUUUCAUGUCACUAUUUUUAUUAAUUUUAUUGAAAAAUUCAAGAAACAUUGAGCAAUGCAGAAGCAUAUUGCUUUCCGGGAGUCGAAAUUAAAGAUGCAAGUGUAUUUAGCUUCUGAUCAUUCUAAAUGUUUAAGACAGUCUUCUCCAUAGAACAGUGUCUUGUCUAUAGAAUAGUUCAUGUGUCUUGUCUGUAGAAUAGUUAAUGUGUCUGGUCUAUAGAAUAGUUCGUGUGUCUUGUCUGUAGAAUAGUUCAUGUGUCUUGUCUGUAGGAUAGUUCAUGUGUCUUGUCUAUAAAAUAGUUCAUUUCCAUUUAUGCACAUAUGGUGAUAUAAACAAGAUGUUGGCUAAAUGAAUCUGAAUGAAAUGGUUUGUUGUCAUAUUUAAAUGAUCCUAUUUGAUAUAAAUAUAUACAUGAUAAAAUGCAAUAAUAUGGGGGGUGGGGGGAACUAGUCAUCAUUCAGAUGUAUCAGGAAUAAACAAGAGGGAAACUGUUUUUCAUGUUCUUUGACCAUUUCAUCAUCAACUGGACAUUGACUAUUAUCUUUUGUCAUCUCCCAGUGUAUCAACUGCAACAGCAGGCCCCUAAGCCCAUAUGUAUACUGUGUCAACAGGAGGUAAACAUGGUUUUUAUUCUUGGAAAAUCAAAAUAAAAUUCAUUACAAGAUUCAAUUUUUAAAAUGUCUUGCAUUUUAUCAAGGGUAAACUUGACUAAAUGUUAUGAAAAAGUUAAAGGGUAUUUUUCCUUGGAGCCAGAUGAUUUUUUUGUGUGCAUAUAAGAGCAAAAAUAUAACAAAGAAAAUUUAAGGUGCCAUGGCCACCUUGCGCUCGAUAUUUUUCUUCUCUCUGCUCUGUAACAUUAAUUUUGUCUGAAUAUGCUAAUAAAAUAUGUGUUUUAUUUAAAUAAAUAGUAUGUGGCCAAUGAAAGAGCGUCAGAUCAUCUUUAUGACUUGCAAUAAAUUUAGUUUUUAUUUUAUCUGCCUCAUAUUUUUUUUUAAAAGCAGUAUCCUCUAAAAUUCAAACUCUAUUUAAGUACCUCACUGAAGUGAAUUUAAAUGUGAAGUGGAUGUCAGAGACAAUUUUGUUACUUAUAUUUUUGGUGUAUAUGUGAUCUUAUUCAUUUCUCAAAUUUAAUUCAUUCCUUCAUUUAGGUCCCCAACAAGCCACCUCAGUAUGGAAAAGAGUAAGUAUGCUUUUAUGCUUGGUUGAUCCCUAUUAUUUCUUUUCUGCUUCAAUAACUCUGAUACCACUAAACAAUGGUAGGUAUUUCAGUUGUAGUACAUCAUUUAGUCCCCACCAAUCACAAGGGUAGGUCUUUCAGUUGUAGUACAUCAUUUAGUCCCCACCAAUCACAAUGGUAGGUCUUUCAUUUGCAGUACAUCAUUUAGUCCCCACCAAUCACAAGGGUUGGUCCAUCAGUCAUAUGUUACAUGUCAUUUAGUCCCCACUAAUGUCAUGUUUAGCAAUAUCCCACGCAACAUCAGUGUCAUGAUAGGUUUAUGUACAAAACAGUUAAUGUGGUGAUCCAAAAUAUGUUUAAAUUCCACUCUCUUCAUUAUUUGUAUAGUUAAAGAUUUCUGUCCAGAGGAUGAAAUACCCAUUCUAGCAAUUUAUGAGUUAAAUCAGAGCUCAGCAACUUUUUUUUCACGCGCAGCACUUCCCAGACCUUUUGGAAUUUUCUUUCCAAGCAGUCCAUGGCACACCCCAGGUCUUUCUUUCCAAGCUGUCCAUGGCACACAACAGGCCUUUAUUUCCAAGCAGUCCGUUGCACACCGCAGGCCUUUCUUUCCAAGCAGUCCGUGGCACACCCAAGUAAAACCAUGCAAAAAUUUACUGUAUAAAAUAAUUUAGAUAACAAUUAUAAUGAUGUGUAAUGUAUUGUAUAUCUAUAUAGUAAAUGUUUUGGAAAUAUUUCUGUUGUUGCAGAGUUUGAAAGCUUGCUAAUGGGUUAACCAAUGUCCCUUUUGUAUCUAAAAUGAUUUAUCAUAUUUACAUGCCCAUACAUACUCUUUUCCUUCUCUUGAAGGCACUUUGCGCGUAACACCUGCCAUCGUCUUGUGGCCCACCCGGUGCGUAGCUCUGAGUCAUAUAAUCACAUGAAAACUUUCCCUACAAUAAAAAAUUUCACCAUGGUCUGCGUUAAGGGUUUUAAAAAAUGUUUGACAUUGGUUUAAUACACUUGCAGACAUGGUAAGUAUUUAAUUUAAGCUGGGAUUUGAAUUAGGGCCCAAUUUAUAUGAAAUAUGGAAUGGAUUAGUAUAUAAGAGAAGUCCUUAUAGUGACAUGCCAGUAUUGCCCCAGAUCAGUGGUCUGCAAAUCGCAGCUCGCGACCUGGGUGUCGUUUGGCCAGUCAACCACAAAUCGGUUUUGACUCCGAAAAACAUGGUUCUUGACAGGUUCUUGAAAAGAAAUUCGGCUCUCAAAAAAAUUUGAAUCGUCCCCCUGCUGAUUUUCGGCUCUUUUGACUAAUAAGUUUGCUGACCCCUGCCCUAAAUUAACAUAUAAGGAAAGUCCUUACAGUGAUGUGCUAGAAUUGUCCAAAAAUGAAUAUAUAAGGAGUCCUUAGAGAGAUUCAGUAUUGCUCCUUAAUCUUUUUUCUGGCAUCCAUCCGUCACAAUGUGAUGUUGGUGUGACUUCGCAGGAUGAAAUCACAAGGCCUGGGAUUUUUCUUUAUGAGGAUAAGCUGGUUCCUAAGACAGCAAAUCGCCCCUCUCCAUGCACCUGGAUAACCCGAGGGAUAAUCAUAUACGGAUGAUACAGCUUGGCUCCAGUAGCAUCACAGGAGUUGCCAGAAUUUUUAUUGUGUCAUGGUUAUCCGCCUACGGGAUGCCACCUCCGGGUUUGAAUUCAGAGCUUUUCCAUCUCUUAGAUCAGUUGCCGUCCAAGGCUAACGAGCACCAUCCACCUGCAGUGUUGGGUGGCCGAGCGGUCUCAACUGAGUCGAUCCAAAAAAAAGCCAUGGUCUGUAGUUAAAUCCCCACCAAAGCCCAGUUUGCCCCAUAUUACCAUGGACACAACUACAGACCCUGAUUGUAUGGCUGUACAAAUGAAAGCAGUUGUUGAAACUACAAAAUUUCAACAGAACCCUUGUAUCAGAUUCAUGUGAUGCUCAAGGAGAAUUGAUUUAUCUAACUAAUCAUCCUUUACAAAAUCAAAAGAUUUAGCAAUAUUGUGUAUAAUGAUAAUGAUGAAGAAGAUUGACAUUGAUAAAAAAAUAUAUAUUUUUUUUUCUCUUUAGUGGUUUUCUGGGUUUUCCCCCUGGUCUUUAAAAGAGUUAGUCACACAACUAGUGUGCACUCAAUUGUUUUUUUUGGUUUUGUUUGAUGAUUGCUCACUUGACAUGGGGAGAUGUUUUACAUAAAAACAGUGAUCUUCUCAUCCUGGCUACAUGAGUAGAGACUCAUCCUCAUUCUGCUUGAUCCAAUCAUUUUUACCGUUCUCAUCCUAACUCCGUUAACUAAAUUAUCUCUGCUGUACUCACACUGACAACAUGUUUUAAUCACAUUGACUAUAUGUUUCACAAAUCCUGACUAUGUUUUAUUCCCCAUGACUAUAUGUUUUACUCUCAUUGACUAUAUGUUUUACUUACCCUGACCAUUUGUUUUCCUGACAUUGACUAAAUGUUUAUAAUCAAAUUGACUAUUUGUUUUACUGACAUUGACUAUCUGUUUAAUAGGCACAUUGACUUAUUUUUCUACACUCAUUGACUAUAAGUUUUAAUCACAUUUGGUAUGUUUACUCUCAUUGACUUCAAGUUUCACAUGCACACGGACUAUAUGUUUAUAGGCACAUGGACUAUAUGUUUUACUCACAUUAACCAAUGUUCUGCCUCACCCUGACUAUAUGGUGUAACGACCAUGACUGCAACUUAAUCUUAGCUUCAUUACAUCAUCAAUGUAACCUGAUACAGUUUGCCCACCAACCACAUGGACCCAUAGAGCUGUUUAAGAAAUGAUUGCAAAUAUAUUGAUCACAAUGUUAAACACAGAACUAAAAUUGAAUUUAAAAGACCAUGUAACCAGCGGGGGGGGGGGGGGGGGAGAGGCUGUCGAAUAGAUACAAUUCAUCAUUUAUUAUUUUGUUUGUAUUGCAAGGGUUCAAUCUCGUUUCCAGGGAUAUUGUUUGUUAAAAAAAUGAAAUAGAUUAUUCAUGAAAUCAGAAUGAUCCUUGUGUCCCUUUUGAAGUUUAGAUUUUAAGUCCACAAAUGCAUUGUUCCCAGUGUGUUGUUGGGUUAGGGUCAAUCUUCUUUGCAGGCAUAUUUCUUUUAAAAAAAACUAAUUUAAUAGACCAUUCAUGAAAUCUAAAUGAUGCUUGUGUCCCAGUUGAAGUUUAGAUUUAAAGUUAUUUGCCAUACCACAAAUAUUUUGUUCUGUUCCCUCUGUGUGGUUGGGUAAGUGUCAAUCUCAUUUCCAGGCCUGUUUGUUGUUUAAAAAAAUUAACUAGACCAAUUGGUGACACCAGGAUGAUCCUUGUGUCCCUGUUGAGGUUUAGAUGUAAAGUAAUGGCCAGUCCACAAAUGCUCUGUUCCCAGCGUGCUGUUGGGUUAGUGUCAUCAUUGAAGUCAAGUGUCUGUGGCACUUGAGAGUGAGUUGUGACAUGACUGUGUCAAGUGUGUCGAUCCACUGCAGCACUCAUCUCUCUCUCUCUCUUUUUAAGCCCAGUUAUUCCUGUUUAUGCAAAUCAAAGUUUGAACUGUCUGGUCUGGUCAACAUUAGCACAGAAGCACCUGAUACAUUUGAUCACAUCUUUAUUGCCAUCAUUGAAUCAUUGGGUCUCAUUUUGGUGGAACCUGACACAUGGGGUCUCAUUUUGGUGGAUGGGGUCUCAUGUUGGUGGAACCUGACACAUUAGGUUUCAUUUAGGUGGAACUUGACACAUUGGGUUUCAUUUAGGUGGAACCUGACACAUUGGGCCUCAUUUUGGUGGAACCUGACACACUGGGCUCAUUUUGGUGGAACCUGGCCCAUUGGGUCUCAUUUUGGUGGAACCUGUCACAUUGGGUCUCAUUUAGGUGGAACUUGACACAUUGGGUCUCAUUUAGGUGGAACCUGACACAUUGGGUCUCAUUUUUGUGACAUCAGACAAAGUUGUUUUUUUCUAUGACAUUUGGCACAUGGGUUAUCAUCUUUUAUAUUUUGCACAUGAUUUCUUAUUUGAUAGUGGGCACAUCAGUCCUCACCUCUGACAUGUGUUACAUGGGUUCUCAUCUUUGAUAUUUGUUACAUGGGUUCUCAUCUUUGAUAUUUUGCAGAUGGGUGCUCAUUGUUUUUUUCUUAGUUUUGUCCCAUACAGCUGUAAAACUAAACAUAACUUCAAAAAAAUUCCUGAUUGCUAUAACUAUGUUACGGUCUAUCAUAUUCUCAGGUUUCAUGGUGCAUUGAGCAGGCAAGAAGCUGACCGACUCUUACAGACUGGGGAUGGGUGCUACCUGGUCAGAAAAAGUGAAAGGGCUCCGGAUGCCUUCACUUUGGCCAUCAGGUAUGUAAAGGGGCCGCUUAAAGGUGCCGAUUCGGAGAACCAAAGCAUCAGUCUCAAUUCAGCCAUCUAUGGGUCUUCAUUUAACUCACACAAUUAUCUGAAUUAGCAUUUAUUUCUAUGGAAAUUUUGAGUAAUAUUAGGUGUUUACAGUAAAUGUCAGCAAAAAAGAAUUGAAUUCAAAAUGGCGUCUGUUUAAUCUUGGCAUCCCAGGCUUUUCAAAUUACCAGUCAAAGAUAAUUAUCUUUAGUUUUGAUUUUGAAAAAGAUAGAUUUUGACAGAGGAUAUAAUCACUAUAAGCUACUCAUAGGAAACAACUAUUUUACUUUUUUUUAAAAUAAUAGUUUAAUUAAACUUUUUUUAACAUUCAAUAAGUUAUUUAGUCAUAAAUCAUAUAUAUUUUUUAGGCCCCCCCCCGCUUAAAAAAACCCCAAAAACAUUAAGAGUAAUAAAAGUCUGUACUGCAGUAGAAAUUUAAUGCUAAGUUGGUCACUUAAUUUAUGUUAAAUAGAGGGAAGCAACACUUUACCAUGGCCACUUGAAAAAAGUUUUUUGUUGUACCUCCCUUGAUAUUCAUUUAUAAAUGCUGAAUUCUGAUUGUUCAAACAUAAUUUUGUUAUUAAUUUUAGAAAUUGACAUUAUUUAAUGAGGAGAGACAGAAAGACUGAUGUCAGCAUGCCAUAUCAUGGGACCUUCACGUGAAUAGACUUAAUCCAGUGCAUGUCAUUACAGAAGUUAUGAAGCCAGCAUAUUUUAUAUGAUGAGAAGCAGAGGCUGUUUCAAUAACCUCAGUCUGAUUCCUUAAAUCCACAGGUUUGAUGGGGAGACCAAAAACUACAAGCUUUACUUCGAUGGCAAGCAUUAUGUGGGCGAGAAGCGGUUUGACUCCAUCCACGACCUUGUGGCAGACGGGCUCAUCCAUUUCUACAUUGAGCUGCGGGCAGCUGACUACAUCAAAACCUUGUCUCAGGAAUCAAACUAUGAGGAGUCGCCAUACAUGGCGUAUCACUUGAAGCGUAAACGUAUGGGCAAAUCUAAAACUGAUGCCAAUGUGAAUGGAAUAAGCAGUGAGGUAAAUGGUGGUGUUUUUUUUUUUUAAUUUCUUUCUUUUAAUUGUAGUGUUAAUUGUUAUUUGCUUGACUAAGAGCUGCAGACAAAUUAUGUAACUGUAUAAGUAAAUUUAGUUCUGUUUAAUUGCAGAGUCUUGACAACAAGGGAUGAAUGGGUAUUUAUUUUAUUUGCUGCCAGAGUUACUGCCCUUUUCAACACAGGUCACCCUGCUUUGUUUCCCUUGGGUUAAUUACAAAAGUCUCUCUAACACAAGUUUCCAUUUCAUGCUUAAAAGUAGCCUUGAUGGUUAAAACAUCUGCCCCAGUAUUUCAUCAUAUGUGGCCUGUCUCCCAGUUAGAAUGUAGGCUACCAAUGUGGUCCUUGAUGUGUUUUUUAUUUCUAUGUAGCCUACCAAUGUGGUCCUUGAUGUGUUUUUUAUUUCUAUGUAGCCUACCAAUGUGGUCCUUCAUGUGUUUUUCUAUUUCUAUGUAGCCUACCAAUGUGGUCCUUGAUGUGUUUUUUUAUUUCUAUGUAGCCUACCAAUGUGGUCCUUGAUGUGUUUUUUAUUUCUAUGUAGGCUACCAAUGUGGUCCUUGAUGUGUUUUUUUAUUUCUAUGUAGCCUACCAAUGUGGUCCUUGAUGUGUUUUUUUAUUUCUAUGUAGCCUACCAAUGUGGUCCUUGAUGUGUUUUUUAUUUCUAUGUAGCCUACCAAUGUGGUCCUUGAUGUGUUUUUCUAUUUCUAUGUAGGCUACCAAUGUGGUCCUUGAUGUGUUUUUUUAUUUCUAUGUAGCCUACCAAUGUGGUCCUUGAUGUGUUUUUCUAUUUCUAUGUAGCCUACCAAUGUGGUCCUUGAUGUGUUUUUUUAUUUCUAUGUAGCCUACCAAUGUGGUCCUUCAUGUGUUUUUUAUUUCUAUGUAGGCUACCAAUGUGGUCCUUGAUGUGUUUUUUUAUUUCUAUAUAGCCUACCAAUGUGGUCAAUGAUGUGGAGGACUCGGGCCCGGCCACUGAUUUCAAUGAUUAUGAGAAACCGCAUAUAUUUAAAGUAAGUCUCAAGUCAGUUCACCUAUUUCCAUUUUUGUCUCUGAUCUCCCAGCAAUGAACAUGAAAAAUGAAACACUAUACCACUUGAGCCAAGUGAAAUAAUAAUGACCUACACAGCAAGUUUUCACUUUAUGACACCCCUGGCCACGACAAACAAUCGUCAUUGCACUUUAUAAUAUUUUAAAAAAAAUUUUAAACAUUUUUUUUUUUUGUGUGUGUGUAAAUGGAAAUAUUUGUUAUGUGAAAGAAUAAUUUAUUAAUUUUAAAAUCUAUUCUCCUAUGAUCUUUAUUUUAUUAAAUGAAUGUGUAUUUGAAAUCCGCCCCUUUCAUCAACAGCUUCAAAACUUCAUGGGUCUUCACUGGUGUGACUUUUGUGCCAACUUCAUGUGGGGUCUCUUAGCUCAAGGUGUUAAAUGUCAAGGUAGGUCCCCAAAGGCUUGCAUUCAUUGUGACAAAAUGGCCAAAAUUUAAGAUGAUAACUUUAUUUUUAGCAUAAUCUUCACUCUGUAGUUUAUUGAGGCAGACAGAUGCUUUUAGAUGCGUUCAAUAAGACAUUACUUAGAGACAACACCUGACUCCCAAUACAUUCAUCUCAUCCUGGAUCACCAACUGUCAGGAAAUUUAUGGAAAGUUUGUGCAAAUUUGACAUAAAUUUACCUGCCCAUAAGAACUUUGGGAUGUCCUUUAAAAAAACUGAAAAUUGUUCACAAAGCUUUUGAAGCGAAAGAAAACUGGAAUCCUCAGCAUUUUGCGAUUUUUAUUUUUCCAGCAGGAUGUAAUGAAACACUGCUAAUAAUGCCAUUCAAUAAACUAACGCCUGUUUUAGGGGUUUUAAGCCAUUUGACAGAUUUAUAUACUUGACAGAGACAAAGCCAUACACCACUGAUACUUUGAUGCUUGUAGCUCAUAAGUUUUAACAUAUUUAUUUUAAAAAAUGUUUCCAUAAAAUUUUGGAGAAAGAAAAUCUUUGCCAGUAAAGUUUAUUUUUAUUGAUUUGCCAACAAUAGUCUCAUUAUUGGUAUAUGUGUAUAGUUUGACCAUAUGAUCUCAUUAUUGGUAUAUGUUUAUCGAAUGACCUUAUGAUCUCAUUAUUGGUAUAUGUUUAUCGAAUGACCUUAUGAUCUCAUUAUUGGUAUAUGUUUAUCGAAUGACCUUAUGAUCUCAUUAUUUGGUAUAUGUUUAUCGAAUGACCUUAUGAUCUCAUUAUUGGUAAAUGUGUAUUGAUUGACCUGAUGAUUUUUUUUAAAAUUUUGAGAUUGCGGUCUACAAGCUCAUAAAAAGUGCAGUGAGAAGGUUCCCAAUGACUGCAUGCCGGACAUGAAGUAUGUCAAGAGGAUAUUUGGUGGCGACCUGACCACCGUGGUCAAGGCACAAAAGUCUCUCAUUCCCAUCGUUGUGGAGAAGUGUGUCAAGGAAAUAGAAGCAAGAGGUAGGUUUGAGGCAUUCUAUGAAUCAUGUUGUAUUAUUCUAAGAAUCAUGUUGUUGUAUUCUAAGAAUCAUGUUUUGUAUUCUAAGAAUCAUGUUUUGUAUUCUAAGAAUCAUGUUGUUGUUUUCUAUGAAUCAUGUUGUAUUCUAUGAAUAAUGGCCUUGCUUUAAGUAUAUAACUAAAAUCUGAGAACAAACUGCUACCGAAUAUACUCAUACCAGUGGAUAGGUCGCCCCUUAUUUUGGGGUUUUUCAAAGUGGGUAUUUUUAUUGACCAACAGAUAGGUUGCAACCUUAGUGGGUAUUUUUAUUGACCUGCAGAUAUGUCAUAACUUUAGUUUGGGGAGGUACCGUAUUUUCCGGCAUAUAUGAUGACUUUUCAACACAUGAAAAUCUUUUCAAAAGUCGGGGGGGUCUUCUUAUACGCUGGGGGUUGUCUUAUAAGCUGGUCUACGGCGUGCUAAAACUUCAGAGACAGGCACCCUCUAGUUCCAGUUUGGUUGACAGCUUAGAAAACCAACAGCAUGGCAGCUCCUAUGGGUCAAUUGUCUUAUCCUUCCUUUCAGCUUCAGAUUGAAUUUGGAAAAGUUUAAUCCACCUGCGCUGUUUUAUGUUUACAUGUUUGAUGACAAACAGCCUUAUGUUUAUAAGUGACAGUUUUCCUGCUAAGUACCUGCAUGUCAUUAGCAUUUGACUUAAAAUUACCAUAUUGAAAUCAAAUGUGAUGUUUUUUAAUUUUUUUUUGAUGUGCAUUGGUAGAGGGGUAGUCUUAUACGGAGAGUAUAGCCCAACCCUAUAUUUUAACAGAAAAAGUAUGGGGUCAUUUUAUACGCCCAGUCGUCUUAUACACCGGAAAAUACGGUGAAUGACCCAAUUUUUUUUAAACAUAAAAGCAACUAAUAUUUGUUAAACAGAUGUCACAAACAAAUGUCCAUAAAAAUUGGAAAGCAAUGGUCACAAGCUAUGUCAUCUUUAAUAAACAUUUUAAAAAAUGGAUUGCCCUCUCCUUGAGUGCUAGCAAGAGUUAGGGAGAAAAACGACUCUCUGAAUUUUCUUACCCACACUGAAUAGCAGAAAGCAAAAUUGAUGAGGAAAGGUUGCACCCCUGAUUUUUAUUGAAGUGUUUGGAUUAAAGAUGUGCAACCUGUGAGCUAGUACAUACGGUAAAAUGGAAAUGUAUAAAAAAAAUAAGCAUGUCUGAAAUAUUAGACAGAGGGAAGUGGGUGAAGAUGGGAAUAUUCAAGGUGCUGCACCCUAGUCCAAAUAAUUUAACUCGUUCUGAUCGAUAAAAGUUGAUGUUUGGCACAAAAUGACUUCUGAAUCGAAACCAGGAAUAUGUGUCAAUUCCCGUCCCAGUUUACUUAACUGGUCUAUGUAAACAUUAGCAAGUCUCGUAUAAUAAUUAACCAGGCUUAUUAAAUCAUUCACAUUGUUUGUGUUAUCUUUUACAAGGCUCAUGUAAUCAUUAACUAUCUUUAAGGUUCACAUUCAAUAGCUAACUUAGUAAGUACUGUAAAAAUCUCACAAAAGCUCAGGAUUUUACUUGUAGUACCACAGGACACAUAUUUAUAAAAAUAAGAUACACCCUUAUUUUCCUUUCUAAUAAUUUUUCUGAAAAUGAAAUAAUUUUUUUUUGUCUGCUUCAUCUAUAUUUAAUUCAUUUCCCUUUUCAAUAGUUGGAUAACAUCUGUUGAAAGCUAGGGAGAUUAAAUUUGAACUAUGCUGACCUUUGAACUAAAUUAACUAAGUCACUGUUCAUUUCCCAUCUUUUAAUUUGGUUUGUUGGGUUAAGACACUUUAUUUUAAAUAUUUGCACACUUAAAAACAAAAAAAAGAAGAAGAAUUAAACUCCAAUGUCUUUGUGGGUUUACUAGUUGCAACUGAUGGUUCAUUUUUUCCCCUUGCUUGAAGUUUUAGGAUAAAGAGAAUAUGUAAAACAAAGCCUCCCAUUGUUUGUAAAACAGAUGAAAUAUUCAGUCAUUUACUUUAUUUCCCCCAGGUAUGGACAUGGAAGGAUUGUACAGACUCGCUGGCUUCCAUGACGAUGUGGAGGCUGUGCGCAUGACAUUUGACAAAGGUAAAAUGUUGCUUUAAAAAAAAUUCCCACACCUGUAUAUCAGUUGUUUGAAAUGUUUAAUUAUACCCCAAAAAAUAUAUGAGACUGUGUGUAAUUAUUAGGUAAAGGACAACAGACAAAAAAUUGUCUUGUUUUUUUGUUUGUUUUUUUUAUUUUUACCUGCAGUGUUAAAUUUUUUUCUCUUGCUUAGAUUGAUGAGGAUUUGGCGUUGAUAAAUGAUUUAGAGGGAGAUCUCGCAUGUUUAUUAACUUGAAUAAUACCGUAGCAGAUAUCUGGUUCAGAGGUUGUGGGGGCUUGUUGUUUUGGUUAAAGCUAACAAAAUAAGGACACUAGAUGGUGGUGACGUCUUGCUUGGCAGAUGACAGAUCUAAACAAUCAUCACAAGCACAGAUAUAUUGUGUGUAGUGCUAAGUGUUGUAGUAAGACAGAUUGUGUCAAUGUAUUUUGUGUGGCUAAAAACUUUCUGUUCUCAAGAUAGGACUUUUUUUUCCUUUGCUGGUAAAUGUUUUUAAAAAAAAAAUAUAAAUUUAAAUCUAAUUACAAUGCUCAAAGAGUUACCCAUUUGAACUGCGUGACUGUCCUCAAUGCCCAAAGAAUAACCCAUUUAAACUGUGUGUCUGUCCUCAAUGCCAGAAGAAUAACCCAUUGAACUAUGUGUCUGUCCUCAAUGCCCAAAGAAUAACCCAUUUGAACCAUGUGCCUGUCAGAUGCUGAAAACACAGACAUCAGCUCCAGCAAAUACGAGGACAUCAACACCAUCUGCAGUGCCCUCAAGUUGUACUUCAGGCUGUUGCCCAUACCUCUGAUAACUUGUGACGCUUACAAGAGACUCAUGGAAAUUAUCAGUAAGUUAGUUUUAAGGCCAGGUUUCUGAUUAUCGGGUCAUAUCUAAUUUAUCUUACGUGAGUCUGUCCACGAUUUUUUUUUUUUGGUCAGCUGUUUAACAUAUAAUAAAUGGCACAUACAUACACGGGUGCUGGGUGGCAGAGUGGUCUAAACCGAGUCAAUUGUGGUGGUCUCGAGUUCAAUCUCCACCAAAGCCUAGACAAGGAACAAACAUCCCCAGGACCCUGGGCGGAUGGGACUCGUUAACCUUGGGCGGCAACUCAUCUAAGAGAAGGUAAACUCUGAAUUCAAAUUUGGAGAUAGAGUGCCGUAGGCGGAUAACAUUACUGGUUUCAAGCUAUAUCAUCGACAUAUCAUGUCACCUUUUUUUUUUUGUUCGCUUUAUGAAUUCUGUGUGAUAAAAUGAAAUUUUGUUUGGGCAAGAAUCGUAUGUAGAUGCAACAUUGAAUUGAGCAAGAGUUUAAAGGUUUAUCAAAGGAGCUUGUGUGAGAUGAUAGUUUGGAAUAGCCCAUAGUCCUUAUCUCAUUCAGUGGACCAAUUUUGACCCUGUGUUGUGAUUGUUAGGUUGGCAAGCCUUUCCUCCAUGAGAAGGUGGGUUUGAAUCCGUGGUAUGGUCCUAGGUUGUUUUUUUUUAACAAUCUUUUUCACAAUCUUUUUAUUCAUGAAACGUCAUGUAGUAAAUUUCUUGUAAGCGAGCGUCAGACAUUGUAAGGCAGUCAGGUGAGGCUGAGAUGGGACCCAGUUGUGGGGAACAUGGUAGGAUGGCCUCGGGGCUAAAGGGAGGAGGAUAUGUGGGGGUGGGGGUAAGAUAAGACCCAAUUGGGGAACAGGGUAGGAUAGUUUAAGGGUGAAGGGAAGAGGAUGGGAUUCAGUAAGGAGUGGAUGGUCAGGAGUUGAGAGGGAGCAUUGUGAGGAAUGGGUGUGAUGAGAGUACAUUGUUUCGGUGAUUUUUCUCCAAGAAUUUUAUAAUACUAUCAUCGAAUGUUACGCAUAGAAAUAAAAAAUGCAUUAGGAAAAUUGAGACAACUCUUGCACACGGCCCCAGCACACAAAACUCUUUGUCAGUCAUUUUAAGUAAUGAUGUGUGGAGAAGUUAAUAUUGGGAAUACAAUGUUUUUAGCCAAUUAGUUUUUUUUUAUUAUUAACAUAAAUUACUCUGAAGUGCUUUUUGUUUUAGUAAGAACCCCUCCAGAAGUGAAGAUUUUUUGGUGUUGUUUUAUUUUUAAAAAAAAAACAGAAACUGAGGAUCUAACUGUAAGUGACCAGGUGAAGUUGAUGAAAGAACCUCUCAAUGCUCUACCCCCAGCACAUUUUCAUACCCUCAAGUACAUGUGUGCACACUUGGGCAGGUAAGUCUUGCAUUCUUAGCGCAUUUAUAAAGUUUUAUGCUAAAAUGCUAGAUAGAGUACAACAUUUUUUUUUUUCUGCAAAAAAAUGUUCUGGUUCAGAAAAUUAUACAAAAUAAAUGUCACGCAAUGGUGCUUCACCUUGCUGGGGUCAGCAUCUUGCUGAGGUCAAGGUCAGACCCUGUGUAAUUAUUAAAACUGUCAAGAUACAGUUGCUUAUUUACAACUCAUUAGCCCAUUAUUUGAUUUUAUUGUGUAUGGUAAUAGAUUUUAUUGAUACGAUUGUUGAUAAAAAAAUGUCACACAGGGCUGUUUCACCUUAUUUCUUUUCUGAAAUGGCUUUCCUCGUUAUAAAUGUUUGUUUUUCCCUCAAACUGACUUUUGAUAACUUUUUUAAAAAUAUUAUGACAGGGUUGUAGAGAACAAAGCUAAGAACAUGAUGUCAUCAGAAAACCUGGCCAUUGUGUUCUCACCAACACUGAUGAGAUGUGAUGACAUGGACCCCAUGGCCAGCCUGAUGGCAGCCAAAUUCGAACAAAAGAUCAUGGAGGUCAUCUUGAGCAAUCACAUCAAACUGUUAGGGAAGUGAUAUCCCCUCCAUGUUUUCCAACUGACAUUCACACACAAUGCCGCCCAUUGUACUCAUCACAACAUUCAUGGACACUUAAUGUGGAAGUCUGCACACUUACAGGAGCUAUCGUGCAUGAAGAUUUGUCUGCCAGGGUAAAGACUAUAGGAGUAUGUUGUCAUCAGAGAACCAGGGGCCUCUUGAAUCAGACUUUUAAAGACUUCUGUAGGAUUAUGUUGCCAUCAGAGAACCAGGGGCGUCUUGAGUCAGACUUGUUCUGACUUUUUCAGCUCAAGUUUUUUUAAGAUUGAAGAAAUUGUGUGGAGCGAACAAAAAUGACAUGAGAUCUUUAUAAUAUUUUCCUCAGCAUACCAGUACAUAAUCUUACAGGCUUGUGGUGCAACUUUCAGAGUGAGCAUCAAAGCAGUGGGUUGUUCUGAAGAAGAAAAAUAAAUGGUGUAUUGAUAAUUAAUGUUGGUGAGAGCUCACCUUGUUUUCUGGUCAAGUGGAUCACCAGGUGACACCAGACACUCAAUCUGCUGAUGGAUUCAAGCCAGUGACAAGAAGUGGCCCUGUUUUCAUGUCUCCACUACUCCACAAUUAAAUCUUUACACAUCCAACAUAUUGGAAAGAGUUUUGUUAAAAUUUAAAAUUAAAAAAAAAAAACACUAUUUUUUUACAUUUUAAAAUGAAAAGGUAUAAUUUUUUUACAACAUACACUUUAAAUUUGUGUCUCUCAAUGUUAUAUGUGCUGAGUACUUGACGAACCCCGCCAUUAUUAAUUUUUGUGUGCGCUAAUUUUAACCCAAACUUGCAUUUAAGAGAAAUAAAAUGUUAAUUUAAUUUCAAUAUUUUUACUUAACAAGGGUGAGAUAAUUACUCUGCUGGAUUUUAUUGUCAUUCAGUUUUUUGCAUUGACAUGAAAAUAUUGACUCGCUUGGGCAUAGCAUUAGGUAAAAGAGGAAGUCUUCAUAAUAUUUGGGGGUGUUGUCCAAAGCUUGUAUCUAAAAUUGACAGAUGACUUUUGUUAAUUGUCAUUUUUAGCAGUGUUUAAUAGCAAAGAAGAUGUAUUGUCAAUUUAACACACUGGCUAUUUCAAAGAAUAUGAUUGUAAAAGACCAUUUUUGAGCUCAAUAGUUAUGGAAGGUACCGAUUUGACAAAAUUCGUUGAAGAUACUGAUUUGACAGUGUUAGGUUCUUGAAUCCAAGGACUCUACAUUUUUUUAAAAACUUCCUUUCUCUAAGAAAAAAAUAAAAAAUAAGCACCAUCUCUGCAUGUAUUAGCAUGUGCCUUAUAAUCUCAGUGAAUCUCAUUCAAGUGAGCCAAAGAUCAGCUUCAUGCCACAACUUUUUUUCAUCCACCUGUUUUGAAGCCUCUGAACAUCACAUUUUUGUGUUCAGCUUCUGUGGCUGCCCUUCUUUACUUCAUCUCUGGCCUAGCAACACCUGACGACAGUUUUUCUGUUUGUUAGUGAGAAAACAAUUUCAGCAGAAAGAAAUUUUCACAUGUCAAGUUAUCUUGAAGUGCACACUCAGUUCGCGCUCCCCCCCUUUCCCCAGUAUUACAAGUCAUCCUCUGUACCAUGUAGGCAGUUGAUGACCUUUGACAUGCACCCUGUUAUAUUAUUUCACACCAUUCAACACAGUAUUUUUUUGUUGUUACAUUUUCAUUUAUUUAUUUUUUGUCUCACUUGGUUCAUCUGGAUUUUUAAUUUAAAAAAAAAACCGGAUGAGCUCCUCUGCUAAAAUGGCAUCAGUGUUAGGGACUGGGUGGAGUGUUUAAUUGACUCAUUUCUCUUUAUCGCAACAGUUUUAUAAACGCCACACUAUUAUUUUUUUGUAUUGAUGAAGCGAGUUGCUCAGAAGAACCCAUUGUUCUUUUACUAUGUACCAUUUUGCAACAUUUGUUUUUUUUUCCUCUCAGAGUUUAGAUUGCUGAGAUUUUCAGGGUAAGGCGUUCAAGCUGACCUCAUUUGUAUAAGUAGAGAUCAACUUGUGGUUCAGCAGUAUUUCUAACCAAAGAAACAAACUUCAAAUUUAAUUGUUUUCAAUGAUUCAAUGUUUAUGGGUGCUGCUUUAUUAUUUAGUCAUUUUAUUGAUGAUUUUUGUUAUGGUGACCAGCAGUCUUAUUGAUCUUGAGUUGUUAAGGUAAUUUAUAGUGAGUAAAAAAAGAUUCUUAAAAAAAAGAAAGAUAUUUCUGAAUAGCUAGUCAAAGUAACCCAAUGGGAUCACAGUGUCCAUCCACUUCCUUAAGAAACAUAUACCUCUGUGUAAGAUUUCAAAAUGAAUUGCUCACAUUCUCUUUUAGCUGUGCAGAGUUCUUUUCUUACUCUCUGAAAUCAAAUUUUUUUAAAAUUAGUUAUUUGCCAAGCUGAUGGUCCCAAAAACAAAACAAAAAAAAGAAAUUCUUAACAAGCUUAUUCUUAGUUGAUAAAGUAAUGUACUUCAGCAGAUCUUCAGGUCUCCAACCUUGAUUCUUAAAUGCCACUCUAAAAAAUUAUUUUUAAUUAAAAGCAAAAUCUCAAUAUAACUAUACCAAAACAUGCUUCUUACACUCUUGUCUGCCCAAUGGGGCAUGUAGCCAUGGUUUGAGUAGCUCUGGUUUAGUCAGUCUGUAACUACUAUGUAUUUUUUAUUGGAACAGUGGCUCAAGGUCCAUCAAUAUUUGUAAGCGUUCUUUAAUAGAAGAUCAUCACAAUAUGUCAAUAUUAAAAUAAAACAAAUCAUUUUCAUAUACAUAAUUUGUAAUAUUGCAUUUAUUCUUCAUUCACUAAUGCUAUCUGCAAUAUGACAUUAGGAAUUGUCAAUAUAGCUAAAAUAAUAAAACAAGGUGUACAUUUUUUUAAUAAAAAGAAGUUAAAUUUGGAAUUUAAAUGGGGUCAUGACCGUUGUCCUAUUCAACUGGGGGGGGGUCAUUGUCCCCUCUAAGCUGUACACAAGCCUGCUCACCAAUCAGUGUUCAGUUCAUAUUUUCUGCCAUUUUUUUGAAUGAGACUAUUUGGGAAUACUAACUAAUUACAACCAAAAGUACUAUUAAAUUACUCAGUCAAAUGUUCAAGACCAUUUACUGAGUGGGUAAAGGCAUGAGUUACAAAAAGACUCUUACAGUAAGUCGAUCAGUGCACAUGUCAGACAUAUGUUGUUGUUUCAGUAAAUAUGUCAGACAUAUGUUGUUGCAUGGUUCCAAAUAAUUCAGAGAUCUGCAGCGUAAGUAGGAAAUCCUUGCAGAGCAUUAGUCCUGACCCCAGACUCAUGCAACCUUUGCUCUUAAAACAUUUUAACAACAUUUAAAAAGUCUUCAUAUCAUAUUUAUUAUUAACUGUAUCUUUGAUGUCAACUUUUUUUUCAAAUGAAAUUUCAUUUAUUUAAUCCAUGUUUGCCUAGGUUUGAAAUGUCAAGAGUUGUCAGUUUUUUUGUUGUUGGUUUUCUUCAAUGUAUGAAUCAAAGUGAACUUGUUAGCAUUGUCCUGCAUAACUCAUCAUGUUCACAGCACAAACACAUUUCAUCAAUGGCUCAGGUGUGCAGGUAAACCAAGACACUUGCCUCAAGACUCAGCAGUAGCUUCUCUGUACACCCCAUUUCAAAGAAUUGAACACGCAUGUAAAUAAAAAUGUGUACGAUUUUUUUUUUUUUGUGUAGGAAAUUUUUUUACUGCAAUAUGAUCAAAAUUUUACCUAUGUAAUUGAUAUUGCAUAAGAUCAAAUGUUAAAAAGAUGGAUUUAAAAAAAAACAACUGUUUUAAUUAAUUUUUCACAGACUUUUUAUAUACAAAUUCAUAGGUUAACACAGAUGAUAACUUAAAGUUAGAAAUAAUCCUAUGUUCUCUAUAAGUUCUGAUAGGAUUGGUUUGUGGAUUGCCUGUAGGAAUGGCAAGUGUAUUGGAGACGUGUGCAAAGGUCAGAGGGUCAGAUUUUAAUUGCUCAAGAGUAAUUGAAUUUAUAAAUAGAAGUUAAUCAAACACUGGAAAUGUCAAAAACCUGAGCCUAGAAAAAUUUGUUUAUUUUUUUAUAUCAUCUUGGGUGGGCAUAUUUUUUUAAAAUGUCCAGUCGGACUGGGCAGGGGCUGGUUCGUGCCGGCGGCGGCAUGCAGUUUGCUUUACGUAAACAGUUAUCACAUCAAUGAUUGACGUCCACAUUAAAACAAACAUCGAAUAUAAUUUUCUACUUUGUCACAGGUUUCAUUGAUAUACUUUCAAUAAACAAAACUUUCAUUUCUUUUUUUUUGUUUAAUAGCAUUAAGUGCAUUUAUUCAGCAUUGUUCUGUUUCAGCGAUUCUCAAC